UAAUUUCCUAUAUAUCCUUUUUCCAUUUCUUUAUUUUUGUUAUACAGUGGUUCUCUUUUCUAAUUUGAAUGUGAAGAAGUCAAUGGGGUCAAUGGGAGAAUCCGAGGUAGUGUUGUUGGGGUGGCGACUAAGCAUGUUUGGUGCAAGGGUUAAAAUUGCUUUGGCUGAAAAGGGCGUCAAGUAUGAGUACAAAGAAGAAGACUUGCCACACAAAAGCCCUCUUCUUCUCGAGCUCAACCCGGCUCAUAAAAAAAUCCCAGUUUUGAUUCACAAGGGAAGAUCUCUAUGUGAAUCCAAAAUCAUAGUCGAGUACAUUGAUGAGUUGUGGAAGAGUAAAUCACCAUUGUUGCCUUCAGAUCCUUAUCUUAGAUCUCAAGCCAAGUUUUGGGCUGACUAUAUUGAUAAGGUUAUAUAUGACGUUGGGAUGAAAUUCAUGGCGGGUCCGAAAGGUCAAGAAAUGGAAAAAGCAAGGCAUGAAUGGUUUGGGUACCUCAAAGUGUUGGAAGGGGAGCUUGGGGAGAAACCAUAUUUUAUGGGUGAUACUUUUGGUUAUGUUGAUAUUGCAUUGAUGUCUUACUACAACCAUUUUUAUACAUAUGAGACUCUUGGAGACUUCAGUCUUAAGAUAGAAAGUCCAAAGUUAUUUGCUUGGGCCACAAGAUGCAUGAAAAGGGAGAGUGUUUCCAAGAGUCUUCCGGAUCCACACAAGAUUUAUGAUCAUACAAUCGUAUACCGAAAGAGCAUUGGCGUACAAGACUAGUUCGUAUCAAAUCGUGGUGCUUGUUUUAUGUUAUUAGGAAAUAAAUCCGUAAGUAGCUUUUCACAUCAAUAAGUUAAUUACGUUGAAGAAUUCAAUCCAUAUCUUGCGGAUUGUUUCUCAAUUAAUAGUUAUAAUAUUUUCUUGAGUUUUUUCUUUUAUUUUAAUUUUUUAAUACUGUGUAUGUUACUUUUCUAGGAUUUUUCUUUUCAUGAUCAUGUUAUUAUUUUUUGUGUUUACUUUAACGACUUUUGUUUGUAAUGUGAGAUACAUACAAUUUAUCUAAUAGCUUAUGCUUUCUUGUGGAAUAAAGUAUGAAUUAAUGAUGUAGGUUUAAACCUCUA